AUGUCUUCGGAUCCAUUUUUUGUUACUCAAAAGUCCAAAAAACGCAAGCCUGUGACGGAUAUAUCUUCAAAUGGAAAAAAAAUUAAGGCACAAACUGGAGGAAAUAUCCCUCAAGCAAAAGGAAAAAUAAUACCAGCUUCGUCAUUAAAUAAUACAAAUGGUAGUAAGAACCAAAAUAAAAAGAAGCUAGUUGACAAAAAAAUAGAUCAGGAAAAAGAAAAAUUAAGUAGUGAAGAUGACAUUGGACCUGGUGGUAUUGAUGACAUGGACUUUGAUAAGGAUAGUGACAAGGAAGAAGUAAGUGACGGAAAUGAAUUCGAUAAUAGGGAAACUCCAGCAGAGAAAAGGAGACGACUUGCUAAGCAGUAUAUAGAAUCUGUCAAGGAAGGAUUAGAUGAUGUAGGAUUUGAUGCUGCAGAAAUUGAUCGAGAUUUAAUUGCAGAGCGUCUCAAAAAGGAUGCGUUAGAACAAAUAGGUCGCGCUCAUCGUAUAAUAGCAGAUACGUUUGCUUUUCCUAUUGAGGAUCCUAGUAUAAAAUCUGGACGUCAUGAACUUACAGUUACAUGCGUUGCUAUAGCAGAAAAUGGCCAAAUCUUUUAUACGGGAUCAAAAGACGCUUCUAUAAUAAAAUGGAACUUGUUAACCGGAAAAAAAUUGCACACAUUUCCAGGAGGCCGAAAGGAAGUAAAGAAUUUUGAUGGCCAUAAUCAUCAUGUUUUAUCAUUGGCUAUGAGUUCAGAUGGUAAAUAUCUAGCAAGCGGUGGUGCGGACAAAAAAAUUAACAUAUGGUCUGUUAAAGAGGACAAGUUAUUAAAGUGUUUUACACAGCAUAAGGAUUCAAUAUCUGGUCUUGCUUUUCGUAAAGGCACUAAUCAACUUUAUAGUGCUUCGUUUGAUCGAUCAAUUAAAUUAUGGGACAUAGAUGAAUUAUGUUACAUCGAUACCCUAUAUGGUCACCAGGAUCAAAUUAUGGCAAUAGAUACACUUUCACGCGAAAGAUGUGUUUCGGUUGGUGCCCGAGAUAAAACAUGCAGGAUGUUUAAAGUUGUUGAAGAAUCUCAGCUAAUCUUUCGUGGUGAUACAAAGGUUGCAACGAAAGGUAGUCAAUCAUUUAAAGAAGGAAGUAUAGACGUUGUGGCAAUGAUUGACGAGGAUAAUUUCCUUUCUGGUGGUGAUAGUGGCACAAUAUCUUUAUGGAAUAUUAACAAAAAGAAACCGAUAUUUGUAUAUCAUUUGGCACAUGGCACACAGUCUUAUGAAUCAGAAAGUGAAGGUACAAUACCUUUAGCAUAUUGGAUAAUAUCAUUAACUACAAUUAGAUAUUCCGAUUUAUUUGCUUCUGGUUCAUGGGAUGGCAAUAUUCGAUUAUGGAAGAUUACGAAUAAUAUUAAAUCUUUUGUUCCCUUAACACAAAUAGCAAUGAUAGGAUUUAUAAAUUCAUUACAAUUUGUAACACCUGUAAUUGACGAAAAAACAUUUCUCUUAGUUGGUGUAGGACAAGAGCACAGAUUAGGUAGAUGGCAAAAGAUAAAGAAAAUUAAGAAUGGGUGGAGAUUAAUUGAACUGAAUUUAAAAAAGUAA